UUUUUUUGAGCGGCAGAAAUGCGGUCGCACUGGUUACGGCACACAUUUCUCAUAUCAAAAGCAGCAAAAAAAAACUUAAAAACAACUGAAUAUGCCUUAAAAAUUACGCUGGCGAACUGAAAAGGAGAAGCAGGAAUAUCAACUCCACAUCACGACAACCGGGAGAACACGUGUCCCGCAGCAUGGCAGGCCUUAAUAACUACUCGAGUCUAAAAUUCGAGGCGACGCACGGCCAGGGUGACGAGCACAUCGAAAGGGACAAGCCGGGGGCCGGGAGCAGCCCCAAAAGGCAUCCGGGAAGCAGCCUUGAAGGUCGCGAAAAGGCGAUUGUGGACAAUAUAAAUGCCGACCAGGAUGCCAUACACAAACUGCAAUAUCUCAACUUGGACGAUCCCCUGUCGCUGCCGCUGGACAAGCAUAAGUAUAUAGAUAAUCAGGAGGAUGACACGUCCAUCCGCAAGUACCUGGUGGUGGGCGUUCAGUGGGUCUCUCUGGUCACCGAGAACCUAUUGAGCCAUCCGUUUAUAGUGCUGCGUCGGCAGUGCCAGGUCUUUAAUGCCUCGAAGCGCUACCACUUGCAUCCGUUCAGCCUUCUGCCCAGCAUUGUGCACCUGCACAGGCGACAGGGCGUGACCACGCUGUGGAAGGGCGUGGGCAGCUGCCUGCUGGUGCGCGGCAUGACCUUGGCCAUUGACGAUGUCAUCUCGAAGUUCACCAGUUGGCCCAAGGAUGUGGAUAGUCGCACUACCCUGAAGCGUUUCGGACAGCACAUUAUUUUGAAGUGCAUAAGCAUUGGCUUGGUUGUGCCCUUCCAUGCCGCCUCCUUGGUGGAAACGGUGCAGAGCGACAUUGCCAGCGAAAAGCCCGGACUGUUCGAUGUGUUCCGCGAGGGAAGCCUCCGUCUGUUUUACUGGAGUUCCCCGCAAAAGGGUCGCAUGCUGCCCGCUUGGGCGCUGAUCGGACCCAGUGUGUCGUUUGGCAUCACCAAGUAUCUGUUCAACCUGGUCAUACGCGGCAUCUCGUCGCGCAUUAUGCGGCGACGCAUAACUUUGUCUCCGGAGAAGCCCGGUGGCAAGCUGGUCGACCAGACGCUGGAGCAUCAGAAUGCCGAGAUAUAUGCCAGUUUGAUAGCCAUGCUGACCACCGAGGUGAUAUUCUUCCCGCUCGAGACUAUUUUGCAUCGCCUGCAAUUGCAGGGCACUCGAACGAUCAUCGAUAACCUGGACAAUGGCUAUGCCGUAGUGCCGAUCCUGACCAACUAUCAGGGCGUCGUUGAUUGCUAUCAAACAACGAUGGUCACGGAGGGCGUGGGUGGACUGUACAAGGGCUUUGGUGCCAUGAUCCUGCAGUUUGUGGCCCAUGUGGCCGUCAUAAAGCUGGCCAAGUGGAUUGUCAACCAGAUAACAGAGGUGAUAUCCAACCGACCGCCGCCACGGAUAGUCCAGUACUAUAAUCUGGAUGGCAUUGCCGGCAACUCGGGCUCCACGACCAUAUCGCCGAGUGUCUCCAGCACCGAACUGGAAGUCAACAGUCUGGGACAGAGCUCACUCGAUUAGCCGGUGGUAGUGUCCAAUUAUUUAUGAAUACGAUGUACAUUAUAUGUUAUAAUUUAAAUCUCGAAAA